AUGGAUUUGCAGCCUCGCAUAUUCAACCCUCUCACAAAGGCUGAAAUAUCUCUCCCAUCCCUAUUCAUCAUCCCAGAAGAUAAAUAUCAUAGGAUCAAACUCGAUGACUCUUCUGAGUUUUAUUAUGAUGAAAUACAUGAUUACUACGCCACAGAUGUGGAAAGGUUUCGCGAUGUAUAUUUUCGAAAGAUUGUCAUGUCCUCUAAUGACCAAUUUGGAACUGUUGUUGUUAUCUACGGCUAUAUUAAAUUGUUGGCUUUGCUCAGGCCCAAUGAUAAGGCAUGGGUUCUCGGCCCUUCUGACCACACCAAUAAGUGGGUGGACUUUGAAGACGUUUACUAUCAUGAAGAAGAGCAUAGGUUUUAUGCAAUCACACAUUUCUCGGCAGUGCUAGCCUUUGACCUCAACGGACAGAAUGUUGAAUUCAUUUGUCCACCAAUAUAUGACGAUGCCGCGUACUCUAAUAUCAUGAACUAUAUUGCAUUUUUGUUUGGAAAACUCAUAAAAAUUGAGAGAGAGGUCGAUUAUAUUAAACGUGGUGAAAGUAUGACAGUGAAGACAAUUAGGAUCUCAGUUCUCAAGUUAUUGCCGGAUGGUGUUGCAUGGAUCCCCAUCAAGGACUUGAGAGAUUUCUCUUUGUUUGUAGGUUGUAACCAGACAUUCUCAUUGCAUCACACGGUUGCUCCUGGAAUUAAACGGAACUGUGUAUACUUCACCGACCAUGUGGAGACUAUGUCACCAAAUGAUGUUACUCGUGAUGCUGGAUAUUUUGAUCUUCACAAUGAAUCCUUUCACUAUUUUUUAGAUUCAGAUUCACAGCCAAAUUGGCCCCCUUCAAUCUGGUUUAUGCCAUCAUUUUCAUAA